AUGUUUAUUAUUUGUAUUAUUUUUAUUGUUAUAAUUAGUAUUAUAGAUUGGUAUACAAACCCUUGUUAUACAUGUUUAAUGAAAAAUAAAGAAGAAGAAAUUAAUAUUAUUUAUGUAAUUUUUUCAUAUGUAAAUGAUUAUAUGCUAUUUUUUCCGCAAAUUUUAUAUUUCAUAUACGAUUCUAUAACUUUUUCGAAUUCAAUUUUAUAAAAUUACUAAUAUAAUAAAAAUAAAUUGGUUAAUGAAAAUAUGGAUGAAAAUAGUAAAGAUAAUUAGAAUUUUUUUAUAAAUUCAUAAAAAGAAAUAGCUGAGUUAUAUCUCACAACACAUUGUUUUAUUGAUAAAACAUGCAUACUUGAAAAAAAUAAAUAAUUUGAAAUUUGCAAAAUGUAUUUAUAAGGAUCAUCUUAUUAAAUAAAUAAAAAUAAUAUUAAUAAUAAAAAAGAUAAUUGUAAUAAAGAUAAUGAUAAUAAUGAUAUAAAUAGUAAUAAUGAAAAUAAUAAUAAUGAUGAAAAUAAUAAAAAUAAUAAUAAUAAUGAUAUUGAUAAUUAAAAUGAAAAAUUUAAUAAUAAAAAAAUUUAAAAUAAUAAUAUUAAUAAUAUUAAUAAUAAUAAUAAUAAUAAUAAUAAUAAUAUUGAUAUAUAAUAACGUUUAUUCUAAUUUAAAAAAUCAAAUUCAAUUAAUAAUAUAAUUUAUUAAAAUUAAACUAAUUUAAUAAACGAUGCUAUUGGUGAUGAAUUAUAUUAAUAUAAGUUUUUUUUGCCAAAUUCAUAGACCAUAAAGAAAAAGAAGGAUAUAGAAUAUCAAAUAGUUCAAAAUAAAAAUUUGAAUAAUUAAACUAGUAUUAUUACCAAUAUUACUACAAAUAAUUCUUCUAUGAAUAUUCUUUUUUAAAAGAAUUAGAUUACAUUAAGAAAUAAUUUUAUAAAAAAAAAAAGUAUAUCCAAUUGUUCUUUAUAAAAUCAAUCUUAAAAAAUUUAAAAUAUAAAUAAUCUAUAUAAUCAUAAAUAUUAUUUAUCUUUAAUUUCUCCUCAAAUUAAAGAUACUGCAUCUCUUGCUUUUAUUGAUAAUUUGGAAAUAAUCAAUUAAUUUUAAAAAGAAAUUUAAGAAAAUUCGGUUAAAGAUGAAAUUAAAAGUAAUGUAAAUAUAUGUAAUUUAUUAAAAGGAAACAUAAAUGAUAAUAAUCAAACCUAAUAAAAUUAUUUGGAUAACAAUAAUUCCGAAAAAAAAGUAUUGAAAUUUUAGAUUCUGGCUUAGAAUUUAUUUCUCAAUAUGCAUAAUAAUAUCGAAAGUUCUCAAUAUUAAUAACAAGAAAAUUAACUCAAAUAAUCAAAAUAAGAUAUAUGCUAUAAAAUCGAAAUAAAUGAUUAAGUUUCUCCUUUGAGAAAACUCACAAAAAAGUAAUCUUUAAUGAACCUUUAUAUUCCUCAAAAUAGCUUAAAUAAAUUAAAAGAAGAAAUUAUUUCGGAAAGUUAUCUUCUUUAAAAAUAGGCGAUUAUUACUUUGGCUAUUUGUCAUAUUUCCAGGACUGUAUUAAAUACUUUAAAUGGAAAAAUAGAAAGACUAAAAGAACAACUUUAAUAUAUGAUUGAAAAAGGGCUUAUUGGAAUUAUUUUUUGUAGAAAAAAUAUAAGUUGGUAAACUGCGGAUAUGAUGAUUGAGAAAUAUGGAAUAAUUUCUAAAAAUUUAAAUUCGGAAGAUAGAAAAAUUAAUACUUAUUUACUUUUUAAAGAAUAGUUAAAUGAAAUGAAUUUUAUAAGUUUAUUUUCUGUGAAAUAAAUAUUAAAUAUGAAUGCCUAAAGUUUAAUUUAAAACCUAAAAAAUGCAUAAAUAAAUACUUUCUUAAUUACGGGAGAUUCCAGUUUAAGAGCUUUAGCAGUUGGAUAUGAAACCGGAUUAUUUAGUGGAAACGAUAUUAUUAGUUUUGAAUCUUAUAAAUAAGAAGAAUUGAAAUAUUAAAUGAAUGUUAAUUUGAAAAAAAUUAGAGAAAAAAUAUUAUAUAAAAAAUAAGAAAUUACUAAAAAAGUUAAUUAAAAAUAUAAAUAAAUGUAUAUUUUUUAUAUUUUAAAAAAUAAAUAAAAAUAAAAUAAAAAAGAAUAGAUAUAUACUUUAGCUAUUGGAAAAGGUAUAAACAAUACAAAAAUAAUGUAAAAUGCUGAUUUUUCAAUUUAAUAUGAAACUAUAUCUGAAUAAAAUUAAAAUAAUGUUUUAAAUUUAUUUAGUUGUAUUAAAGUUUCAAAAUUGAGUACAAUUAGUUAUUUAUUAUAUUCUUUUAGUAGAAAUGCAUGUGAGAUAGUGGAAGAUAGUUUUAAUUUUAUAUUUUACAGACAUUUAUUUUUGCUAUUUUUAGUAUUUUUAUGGAAUUUCGGGAAUUGUAGUUUCGGUGAUAUUAUUUUUGAUUUUUAUGAUAUUGUAUAAGUGAAUAUUUCCUUAGUAAUAAUAUUAUUAUCUUUUUUGGUAAGAAAAAAAUAUAUAGUAUAAAAACACGAAACUCAUAUUCUUACUUAUGUGAAACAAUUUAAAUAGAAAAAAAUUUUUUUUAUUGAUAUUUUAUAGAAUUUUUUUUUGCUGAUUUUACCUUAAACAUUAGUCGAUGUUUUUAUUUUAUUUUAUUUGCUUUUUUAUUCAAUUAAUUAAACUGUUUUACAUGACGGUAUUAUUUUUGAGAAAUAACAAAUUGUUUUUAUAAUAAAAAACCUUUUCCUUUUUUUAAAUCAUUAUAAAAUUAUUCUUUAUUAAAAUUAAUCAAAUAAAACCUUGAUUUUAAAUAUAAUUUUUCCUACCCUUUUUUUAAUAAGAAAUUCAUUUGGAAAAUUCUAUGAUAUGGAAUUUUCGAUGUUUUAUUCUCUAAAUAUGAGCCUUAUUGUACUUGUCAUUUUAUUAAAUUUCUCAAUUUCUAAUUUCCUUAUGAGGUUAAUUAGUCCAUUAAUUAGUUUUGGUAUGAUGAAAAAUAAAAAUAGGUUUUAAGAAAUAUAUUAAUAAGUACUUUAAAUUUGGUAGUAAUCUUAAAACAAUACACUUUAAAGUCCAGAUAUAAAUAUGAAUACUAUAUUAUAAUAAUAAUAAAAAGAAAUUCAAAAAAGAAAAUCCUAAAUAUAUAAAUAAAAAGAUUAAUCAUAAAUAUAAAAAGAUUAAUCUUAACUAUAAAAGGAACAAUCUUAAAUGUAAAAUUAAGUUAAUUAAAAUAUAUAACAUAAUGUAAAUAUUUAAUAUUCUUAAUAAUCUAAAUAAAUGGAUACAGUAUAAUUAGAUAGCAUUUAUUAAUAAAUAGAAAAAGAAAAAAUAUCUAAUGUUAAAAGAAAAAUUAAAAAAGCUGCCCUUGCUUAAGUUUUUAAAUUAAUUUUUAAAGACAAUGAAGUUGAUAAUAUUUUACAAGAUCUAAACAGUGAAAAUUUCAAUAUAAAUGCUACCAAAAUGCAUCCUCUUUUUUUGACUUUUCCUUCGAAAGAAACCGAAGGGAAAUUCGUUCAAUAGUAAAUUCAAAAAAACAGAAAAUUCUAUAUGAUUUCUUCUGUUUUGAUUGUUCUUUUUGGGGAUAUAAUAAUAGCAAUUUUUAAUUAGUAAAAAAUGAAUAUUUCUUACCUAUUAAUAGUUAGUAAAUGUGGAAUAGAUAUUUUUUUAUGGAUUAUUUUGAUAUAUUCUUAAUAUAAUCUCUUUACUUAAAUUAAUUAUAUGAUUUUUUUUUUAAGAUUUCUAUAUAGAUUGGUUUUUUUGAUUUUAAUGGGAGAAGAAAGCAUACUAUAAACUAUGUUUUAUUCACUUUUAUUUAGCUAUAGUAUACUUGUUUCGGCUUUUUUUUAGUUUUUUAUUUAAUUUGCACUAGUUUUGGCACAUAUAGUGUAGUUUAUUAUUUAAUAUUUAUUAUAAAAUACUUAUUAAUAAGAUAUUUAUUUCCAAUUGUAUAUAAUACUCAAUAUAAUUAUAAAUAAUUUACUUUUCACUGGAUUAAUUUUUAAAAUGAAAUAUUAACAUGAUAUUUAAAAGAGAAAAAAUUUUUAACAUGUAAAUACUAUUUUUAUAGAAACAAAAAAAUAAAUAAUGUCUUAUCUAUUCUUUUACCGACCUUCAUAAGGGAAAUAAUAGAUGAAAAAGGAAAAGAAUAUUAAGAAGACCAAGGAAACGUGGCAAUUUUGUUUUGCGAUAUAUAUGAUUUUGAUUCCAUUAUUUAAAUCGAGUAGGGAAACAUUAUUCGAAUCUUAGAUAAAUUAUUCAGGGCUUAUGACAAUACGUGUGAUUUAUACGGAAUCUAGAAAAUCGAAACUGUAGGAAAAACGUAUAUGGCUGCUGCUGGUUUAAAAGGAAUUAAAUAAUCACAAGCAUAACUUUAAAUAAGCAAAGAUAUUCUCCCAGUAAUCAGAUGUAUACUUAUGGCUAACGAAAU